UCCAUGCAAGAAGAAGUUGGCAAAACAGUUGCCGCCUCGGUUGCAGAGUCGAGCAACAUCGUCCUUCAAGCCCUUGACGCCGUCAGGGCCCAGCUCAACGGGCAAACCUCCUCUCUUGAUCAGCAGGUGCAGUCCGCCAUUCAGCCGUCGCUCGAUGAGAUCGGUAAGAGGUUUCAGAAGCAGUUCGAUGUUCAUGCGGCGCGCCUGGAUGAGCAUGAUGAGAGGAUGGACAAGCAUGACGAGAAGCUGCAGGCUUUGCAGGGCGAGCUGGCUGAGUUCAAGAAGUUGCUCGCGGUCGCGGAGGAGAGGCCCGUGGUCCCCGUCGCGGUGCCGUCUGGCUUCUCCCGCGACCCUGACCACACGCUCGUGGUGGUCAUGUCGCAGGUGCCGACCACCUUCGCCUCGGUCAAGAAGUCGCUGGACGAAUGGCUGCGGUCCUUGGCGUCCAAGCCGGAGGACUACAAUAUUGAGGCGGCGGGGCCUUCGCCUAGCCGCCGCUUCCUCAUCAAGUUUGGCGGGUUCGUUGCGCCCGCGACCCGUAAGGUGCAAAUGGUUCUUUCCAAGCUUCGCGAGAACGGCGUCUGGAGAGAGUUCUGGGCUGAGGUCGACGGUGCGCCUGCGUGCCGUCUCCACCUUGGCCCUGACAAGAGGCCGCAGCAGGUCAAACAAGAGAUCACACUGCGCAAGUGCAAGGAUGCCCUCCAGGAGUUGCGCGGUGCGGGCUCCAGGAUCUUUCUGGACCGCCAGAGGGGGGUGCUUUCCAUCGGUUGGGAUAAGGUACUGCGGGUCGAGGUCUUCCACGGCGAGUCUCCCCCGAAGCUGUGGUGGGUCGUCGAUGGCCUGCAGAAGCAUCGGAUCUCGAAGGCGCAGGCCAUUGCAGCGACGAAGGCGCUCACGGCUGCUGGGGCGAAGGCUUGCUUGAAGAAGAACUACCUCGCGCGGCUGCAGCCGCACCGCGCGAUCGUGUCGCUGCAGGAGGUCCACCAGGACGAGCUCCAGCUGCGCGCGUUCAUGAACCAGGUCUACCCCGAGUCCGUGCUGAUCACGAGCUUCGUUGGCGUGGAGAGGACGGACCGCGUCAAAGGUGGGGUCGCGUUUUUGCUCCCGAAGCUAUCAAUGGCGGGAGGGACUAUGUCGACAGUCUCGCAUGAUAGCCUCGUGCCUGGGAGAGUGCUGAGAGUGGGUACCCAGAGGGGCGAUGUCUUACUCACUGUCUUCAACAUUCAUAAUCAUGGUUUGCGCUCGGACAACAUCCGUUGUGUGACUGCGUCCAUCGACGCUGCGCUGAGGGCCGCCCAGGACGACCCUGUUCGCAGACUUGUGGCGGUCAGCGGCGGUUUCAACUUUGCCGCGGAUGAGGCGCUCAUCCUGCACGCCCCCUCGGCCGCCAUUCGGCGGUCGCGCCGUCGGCUGCGCUGCCGGGCUACGAUCUGGAGGAGGUCGCUGGCGCGCAUGCUCGAGCUCGAGGGCGACGAGCCGACGCACUACGUCAAGGACACCAGCGAGUCGUCCUGCAUCGACAGGGUCUUCUGCUCCCUGGCCAGCUGGCCGGCCUGCCAGAUGUACAUCGCUUCGUCGACGGUCGAGUCGGCGGCCGCUGUCUCUGACAAAAAGAUAUCGGAUCAUGUUGCUGUGGUUGUCUCUUUCUCAACUCGCGCCCCUAAGCCUGCGGCUGAGCGCCCUGUCCCACGCGAGCUGUGCCGCGAGCCGUUCUUCCUGGAGCGUUUGGCUGGUCUCAUUCGGAGUGGUCUUGCCGCGUCCAACGUGAGGCUGCCGAAGCUCGUCGCCGUGAGCUCCAAGCUAGACAGGAAAAAGAAGGGGGGUGCACGGCAGGUGCGUUUGCAGCUGCGUGUGCUGGAGAAGAAGGCAAGGUUGUGGUCUCCGAUCGGCGAGCGUCUGUCCCUCUCGGGCGUGGCCGACUCCUCCUCGCACAGCGUCGCGACUGACCCCUCCGACCGCACCGAUGCCCUAGGGAAGUAUUGGGGCCCUGUCUUUGCCAAGAAGACGUUCGCU